AUUGGUUUCAGAAAGCAGCUGAGAGACUGCGCUCUACAGCGACAAAGGAGCUUCACUCUCCAUACACGCCCAUUCUGAAAUGCUCGUACCCGGUGAAGGUUUGUAAUCAUCUCCAAAUCUUUCCCCAUGACGGUAGACUUUCAACAUGGUGCAAAAAUCCGGCAAUGGUGGAGUGUACCCGGAUCCUGCUGGGGAGAAGAAACUGAAAGUCGGCUUUGUAGGGUUAGACUCGGCGGCUCCCGACUCUAGCAGGGAUGGGGCAUUGCUCAUUGCUGGUUCAGAAGCUACCAAGCGGGGCAGCAUCUUAAGCAAACCCCGAUCCAGCGUCACUGGUUCAAGAAAACCACCCAAGAGAAAUGCUUUUUAUCGAAGAUUGCAGAAUUUCCUCUACAACGCAUUGGAAAGACCAAGAGGCUGGGCUUUCAUCUAUCAUGCAUACGUUUUUCUCUUGGUGUUCUCCUGUCUGGUGCUGUCAGUUUUCUCAACAAUCAGAGAAUAUGAAAAAAGCUCAGAGAAUGCCCUUUAUAUUCUGGAAAUUGUAACCAUUGUUGUUUUUGGUGUGGAGUACUGUGUGCGAAUCUGGGCCGCUGGCUGCUGCUGUCGUUAUCGAGGAUGGAAGGGGAGGCUGAAAUUCGCACGGAAACCCUUCUGUGUUAUCGACGUCAUGGUGUUGAUCGCCUCCAUCUCGGUGCUGGCUGCAGGCACCCAGGGCAAUGUCUUUGCCACCUCUGCCAUCAGGAGUUUGAGGUUCUUACAAAUCUUGCGCAUGAUCCGAAUUGAUCGCAGGGGUGGCACCUGGAAGCUGCUGGGAUCUGUGGUCUAUGCACACAGCAAGGAACUGAUCACGGCCUGGUACAUCGGGUUUCUCUGUCUCAUCCUCGCCUCUUUCCUGGUGUAUUUGGCUGAGAAAGAAGAUAACAAAGAAUUUGAAACCUAUGCCGAUGCACUCUGGUGGGGUCUGAUUACUCUGACUACAAUCGGCUAUGGGGAUAAGUAUCCGAUUACUUGGAAUGGCCGUCUUCUUGCUUCAGCCUUUACACUCAUUGGAGUGUCUUUCUUUGCACUUCCAGCUGGUAUCUUGGGCUCUGGAUUUGCCCUGAAAGUUCAGGAGCAACAUCGGCAAAAACAUUUUGAAAAACGGCGGAAUCCAGCUGCUGGUCUCAUCCAGGCUGCCUGGAGGUUCUAUGCUACCAGUCUUACCAGGACUGACAUGGAGUCGACCUGGAAUUAUUAUGAGCGGACAGUAUCAGUUCCCAUGUACAGACUGAUUCCACCACUCAACCAACUAGACCUACUGAGGAACCUCAAGAGCAAGUCAGGACUCUCAUUCAGGAAAGAUUCACAGCCAGAGCCUUCCCCCAGUCACAAAGUCAGCUUAAAGGAGCGUGUAUUCUCCAGUCCCCGGAGCUCAGGGGCCAGAGGAAAGGGCUCACCUCAGGGCCAGGGCCUCCGCAGGUCCCCCAGCGCAGACAACAGCAUUGAGGAGAGUCCCAGCAAGGUGCCCAAGAGCUUGAGCUUUGGAGACCGCAACCGCGCAAGACAAGCCUUUAGGAUAAAGGGGGCCACAUCUCGACAGAACUCAGAAGAGCUGAUUGAGCUGCAGGAUGAAGAAUUCAGAUUGAAGGACUUUAAAGCAAUUGAAGGGUUGAUCAAAGCAAGCCUGCCAGGGGAAGAUAUAGGCGAUGACAAAGGCUGUCACUGCGAGUUUGUGACACAGGAUUUAACUCCGGGAUUGAAAGCUACAAUCAGGGCUGUGUGCAUUAUGAGAUUUAUGGUUUCAAAACGAAAGUUCAAGGAGAGCCUGAGGCCUUAUGAUGUGAUGGAUGUAAUUGAGCAGUAUUCAGCUGGCCACUUGGACAUGUUGGCACGGAUUAAAAACCUCCAGUCCAGGAUAGAUAUGAUUGUGGGUUCCGCACCCCCUUCAACUCCCCGGCAUAAGAAGUAUGCAACCAAAGGACUCAAAGAAUCACCCCAGUACUCUCCUAGAGUUGACCAGAUUGUUGGUAGAGGUUCUGCAAUAACAGACAAGGAUCGAACCAAAGUGACCACUGAAGGAGACCACCCUGAGGACCCCAGCAUGAUGGGAAAACUGGGAAAGGUUGAAAAACAGGUGAUGUCAAUGGAAAGGAAGCUGGAUUUCUUGGUGAACAUCUAUGUGCAGCGCAUGGGAAUCCCUCAGUCCGAGACGGAGGCCUACUUUGGAUCCAAGGAGCCCGAACCUGCACCCCCUUAUCACAGUCCUGUGGACAGCAGGGAACAAAUGGAUAAGAAUGGCUGCAUCACCAAGAUCAUACGCUCCAACAGUUCAGCAGGGCAGAAGAAUUUUGAUGCACCACCAGAUCCUCCAGGCCCCUGUCCUCCUUCCACAUCGUGGCAGCAGCACCCUAUCAGUGAGUACCAACGCCACAGUCAAGGGAACUCGCCUGUCGGGGACCCAUCCUCCUUAGUUAGAAUCCCCCCUCCUCCCUCUAUUGACCGCUCUUCAGGGGGCCAUAAUGGGAGCAACAGGGUAGGAGGAGAAUACUUGCGGAACGACGAAGAUGCAGGGAAACAUCACGACAGUGCCCUGAGGGACAGUGACACUUCCAUAUCUAUCCCGUCUGUGGAUCACGAGGAGCUGGAACGCUCCUUCAGUGGCUUCAGCAUCUCUCAGUCCAAGGAGAAUAUGGAUUACCUCAACAACACCUACUACGGAGCGGUGGCCCCCAGUGCUGCUAUCAGACCCCACAUUGCAGAAGGGGAAUCUGACACAGACUCAGAUAUAUGCAGCCCUUCUGGUCCAUCUCCAAGGUCUGCAACUGGAGACAUGGGGUGGUCUGGGUCGAAAUAAAACUCCCAGGGGACAUCAUCACAUGUUCUGGAUCCGAUUUAAAGUUGAUGUAUCAGUAAGAAUGAUGAAAUUGUCCAGUGGCCCCAAAUCCUUUACAUUGAGAGGUUAUGGAAAAGAGAAAUUCCAUCUGCAAAACAAAUGAACUGUCGUCUUACUUAGAUUUUGACAAGACUGCUGUGGACCGAGGGAACCGGGGGAGUUUUCAACGUCUAAUUUUUAUAAACUAAAAAAAAAGGGUUCAGGUUAACCUAGGCAGAAGGCUCACUCAUUUAGAAUAACACAAUUCUUUAAUCUUGGUUUCUUGCAUACGUUGUAUUUGUUCGCUUUCAUCCAACAUAGCAAUUCAAAUUACUUCAUAAGCACUGGGCCUGUGAUAUAAUUGCUCAUAUAAUUACAGAAUGUAUAUCUUUAGAAAAAAUAAGCUUCUUGAGGAGUAAGCUUCAGCAAUUUCUCAAACUGUAACAAGCAGAACGUUUACUGGAACUUCAUACAUACAGGUUAGCACCUCUUACCAAACUUCCAGAUGUUGUUAUUUACAUAUUAUUGUACAACCAUACAAUAAUUUAUCAUACGAAUGCUACAUGUAUUCAAAUAAAACCCAUCCCAGCUGAGGAUGAUAUUGGUCAUUUACUUUUAGCUGAUCAUUAACACCUUGAUAUAUUUUAUCUUGUGAAACUACACACCAGCAAACAUAACAACACUUCCUUUCUUUUAGGUUAGGCAAGAUUGUGGACGUAUAUCUGUGAGGUGGACUGACAUUUGCAUCUUGAUCUAACAGUGAACAAGAAUGUCAAUUUACAUUAAACAACACCCAAUGGGACUGGAAGACUUAUUCUUUUUCAGUUGACAUUAUGAAUUCUUAACUGUCGUGGUUUACGAUAAAACAGAGUACAGUACCGGAUUGCAAAAGCCAUUUUCAGUGAUAACAGUCCACAAGAUAUUCUCUUGAAAGACGUAUCUUAAAAAAUUAUUAUUGAAGACUGUAUAUAGGCACUAUUAAAAAACAAACAACGUGUCUUGUUUUACACAAAAGAGAUUUUAACUCCUUUUGUGUUUGUUUGACAAAAGCUUUUUUUUUCAGAACUUGACUGAAUUUAUUAUUUCGAAAUACUGUUGUAAGGGCAACACUGAUUGAGUAUCAGUUUUACUGAAGCAUUUUCCUAAGGAAAAAAAAAAAGGCAGCUAGGUUUUCGAAGCUUGUCUGAGAAUGGUGAUGCAUUUAUAAUUUACCAACAACUAAGAUACCCUAAAACAAUUCUGACAACCCUGAAGUCCUGUACAAUUUUUGCCUGUAAAAGCAUGCUUUGAGAAAAAUAGUCUACAUUUGUAUCUACUUCACCUAUUCUAAGAUACUCUAAUGUAAUAUCAGACUGCAUUUCUUUAUUAUUUGUUUUUUCUAUAACACUGUUUCAUAUUAUUACAGGAUAGUUCACAAUUGUGUACUAUAAAAGUUUGUCCAGGCAAAUCCAUUUGUCUAUUAUUUUCUUUAAAUAAAUAUUUAAAAUCCCACAAAAGGGAUUUUAACGAAAAAGUAACCUGCUAAAUGAUUUUCUGUAACCAAAGUAUGAAAGAUAUUUUUAUUAAUUGAAUGUAUGCAGUUGAUGAUAUGUAGUACUGGGGAUAAUUAUGAAAAAAAAACACUUUUAUAAUAAUUAUUAAUUACAUUUUCACAAUUGGCUAAAUGUGUGUACGAUCUAAAAAUUACUGUGGUAUUGAUAGUACCAUAUUGCAUUUUCAAUUCUGAGUUUUGCAUUUCCAGUUCUUCGAGACAUUGACUUGAAGUGCUAACCACUACCUAAUGUAUUCCUUGAAAGACUGUUGAAGAUAAGUGGAUCUAUAUGGAUUUAUUCAUUAUACUUACUGAUAACAUCACCAUUUAGGUAAUCCCAAAACGAAUUGCACUGCUUGUUUCCAAAGAGGAAAUGAACAGGCAACAGGUCUUUGAAAAUGAAGCAAUGAGACAUUUCGAACUACAGUAGAUGGUGCAAUUCACUGAGCAGUUCAAGUUCAAGAUGAAAUGUUACUGAUUCGGACAUUUCCAUAAUUAGUUCCUGUACUGUACAUACUUUUUCAAUAGUGUCAAUAAGUAAACUCAAAGUGUAACUGAAUUUGAGUAUAUUUCUGUCUCAUAGUAAUCAUUCUGCUUUAAAAGAGUGAUGCACAGUAAUGGCACACGCAGGGUGUCAUCAGAUUUUGGACAAGUAAAACACCUUGAUAAUAAUAGGUAACUGUGCUUUGAGAGGUCAUGGGUUACACCGCUGGUUACAGACUAAGCCAACAAUGGCAACUCGAAUUGGACAAUAGAUUACUGUAAAACAGCUUGUGAAAACGUCACUACUGGGACCAAUGCUGGUUGUUCAAUCUAUUAGAUUUUGCUGAGGAGGAAACUCUGAUUAUAUUAACAAAGACAGGCGAUUAUUGUCAAUAGGUAUUACAUGGCAAUCCGUGGACUCCACUUACAGUAAAUUUGAAGAUUUAUCUUGGGCCUGUUAACUGUGGACAAACCAUGGAUUUCAACCAUGGACCAUGGAGCAGCUCAAAAGUUGGGUAGGCAUGACAUGGGCAACCAUCCAGGGUUAACAUAGUUAGAGGGACAGUGCUACCAACAAGAGGUCCCUGUAGAUGAGUUACUUGCCUCUCAUUGGACAUUUUAAUAAAGAAACGAAGACUGUAGAAACAUAAUACAAUAGAACCUGUUAUAUAUAAUUUAAUUAGUUCCAAGAGCUGAUCGGAUAUGUAAGAAUAUCAUAUCUCAGUGGCAAUCAUUAUACUGCAUUGUUGUUGCUUUACAAAUAGCAUUAGAAAUUAACAACAUCAGGUAUAUCACUGUGUCUAAAACACCAAAAUGCGAUACUGUACGUUUUUAGUCAAAGUUAGUCAAAACAACUUCAAAACAAGGCAAUGUAAUAAAGUAUUUGGCAAUUUACAAAAUAGCAUUCUAAACAUCAGCAUUUCAAGUAAGUUCGUUUAAGGAAUAUCAGUUAAAUUUGAUUCCCCAUGAAGCUAUCUAUAAAAUGGGUUUCACCGGCAUCAUCGCUCUGUUCAACUUUCCCAGUUCUGUAGAGCGAAAUUAUUGAUUGGGUCCAUUCCAUUUACAAAAAAAAAAAAAAAAAAAAAAAAUCUUACUUUUGUUUACCUAAAAUUCAAAAGUCUUUGAAGAUACCUUGAUAAAAUUCAAAAGUCAAGAAAUGUGAAAAUAAAAACAAAAUACUGUACAUAACUGCAAACUUGUUAUCAUAGUGUAUGCAUUUGAAGUCUAUUUUCAUAUCACUGUGCUAUUAAGUUUUGCACUAUACACACACACCCAUGUAAUGAGUUGUUACUCAGGUAGCAGGCUUUUGUUUAUUUGCAUAAAUGGUUUUCUAAAACAAUAAACAUCCAAAAUGAAUAUAACUUGUUUAUUUUACUGCUAACUUGUUACACAUUCAUUUUGUUAAAAUUGAUCUUUUCAAUUAUUUCUCUACUGUAUCAGAUUUCUCCACAGUUGGAGAACAGAAAGUUAAAAUGCUCAAAGGUCUGUUACUUUUCUAGGAAGCCUGACAUAAAAUAAGUAAAUACAGAAAUCAUUAAAGUGAGACAUAAAUACCAGCUGUAGUGGUGAUGCUCAUAACACUUGAGUUAAAGGAUAUGUUAUGAAAAUUGAUAUACAUAUGGUGUUAUAAAGAAUGUUAAAAACAAUGUUAGUCCUGGAUUCAGCCAGUUUAUACAUAUAAUAUUAUUUUUGUCAGUGCUAUACAAAUCUGCAGAUCCUCUAUUAAAAUAUAGGAGAUAACAAAAUGCAAAUACUGCUUGAAUGCAUCUAUUCUGUAUUCAUUGUUGUCCUCCACUGCCUUUCUUGUUUGUAUUGUUCCCAAAGACUAUUCAGUUGCCUUUCUUGCAAGUUUGUUUUCCAUUGUGUAUUUAUAUGCAAUGAUACAGAGUGUUCAAUAAAUAUGUGAACACUACUUGCAUACUGGACCAGGUGGUGCCUCUUUACAUCACUGGAACCUUUGCACUGGAGUUGAUGCAGGUCAUGUGAAAUUCCCCUGUAUUCACAAACUCAUUGAACACUGUAUAUGGUGCACAGCUAUUGCUGCGAUACAAAGCAAUGUAAUGCAAGAUUCAAAAUCAUGAACCAACAUUGCUGGCUUUAACCGUUUCAUAAUGCUGAACACAGUCCUUCUCAGAGGUUUUAUUUUACUGUAUGGUAGCCCAAUCUUUAAGACAUCUUUCAAAAUAUCAAUGAUUUACAGUAUAAUCUUAUGUUACUGAAGUUGCUCUAAAUUAAUUAUAUACAAUGUAAGUAGUUUUAAGAGCCACUUGAGCAAAACCUCACAGCCGUAUCAAUGUUUUAAAACGUCUGCUUGCAAUACAAAAAAAUGUAUUUUGGGCCUUAUGUUUUACACAUAUAACUGAUGGUUGUUAACCAUGGUAGAAAUUCAGCAUGCUUAACAGGUUUUUUUAUAACUUCAAUUCCAUUUGAAUUAUAUAUGGUUUAAAUAGUUUAAAAAAUUAAAAAAAAAAAAAAAGAAAAUAGUUCAGGACAUUUUUGGACAAAAGCUCUUCUUCAGCUAGAAGAAAAGUAAACACAGUGCAGUGAACUUUGUAUUUUGUUUUUUAUUAUGCCUCUAGCGUUGUCAGCCUGAAUGUACUGAUGAGCUGUAUAUACACGUUACAACAAUGUUUUUAUUUUGUAAUUUUUACUUAUAAUGAAUGAAGGGUAUAAAGCAUGUCUUUUGAACAACUGAAUGGCAAUAUUCAACCUUCAUGUGUCCUCUAUGAUCUGCAUUGUAUAAUACUGGAACCCACAAUAGA